CAGUAGGGCAGCCGGAGGGGCAGCGACAUCUGCGGGCGGGCGGCCGACGCUUCCUGGCGGCGUGGGGCCGCGGGGGUGGCCCGGAGGACUCGGGCCGCGGAGAGGCUGGAGGGCCUCACUGCCCGUGGGCGGACGGCCGGCUCGCCAGACGCCCCAGAGCCCAGGGCCCCAGCGCGUGGCCCCGAGCCGCGGACUGGAGAAGAAGCGACACCCCUGGCCGCGGGCUCACAUGCAUGCCCCCGCGCGGGUGGCUCGGCGACGUCUGUGAAUCGGGUUUAUCAAGUCACGUCGAGCGACUCGGAGAACCUGUUUUUCCCGCUGGGGAGAGUGAUCAUUCUCGUUGCCACUUGCCUGUAGAAAGUUACUCCAACACGUUUGAUCAUCCGUCCAGAACUGUCUUGAGUUCUUCUUGAAUUGCCAGUUUUCAGCCUCCUCAUGCCUCCGUCUCCUUUAGACGACAGGGUAGUGGUGGCACUGUCUAGGCCUGUGCGACCUCAGGAUCUCAACCUUUGUUUAGACUCUAGCUACCUUGGCUCUGCCACCCCUGGCAGUACCAGCCACCCUCCUGUCAUCGCCACCACCGUUGUGUCCCUAAAGGCUGCGAAUCUGACGUAUAUGCCCUCAUCCAGCGGCUCUGCCCGCUCCCUGAAUUGUGGAUGCAGCAGUGCCAGCUGCUGCACUGUGGCAACCUACGACAAGGACAAUCAGGCCCCAACCCAAGCCGUUGCUGCCAGCACCACCACCACCACAACCACCACCACCAUUGGAAGCUCUACCACCUGCCCGGCCAACCAGAUGGUCAACAACAGUGAGAAUGCAGGCUCUCUAAGUCCAUCAGGUGGGGUGGGCAGCCCUGUGUCAGGGACCCCCAAGCAGCUAGCCAGCAUCAAAAUAAUCUACCCCAAUGACUUGGCAAAGAAGAUGACCAAAUGCAGCAAGAGUCACCUGCCGAGCCAGGGCCCUGUCAUCAUUGACUGCCGGCCCUUCAUGGAGUACAACAAGAGUCACAUCCAAGGAGCUGUCCACAUUAACUGUGCCGAUAAGAUCAGCCGGCGGAGACUGCAGCAGGGCAAGAUCACUGUCUUAGACUUGAUUUCCUGUAGGGAAGGCAAGGACUCUUUCAAGAGGAUCUUUUCCAAAGAAAUUAUAGUUUAUGAUGAGAAUACCAAUGAGCCGAGCCGAGUGAUGCCCUCCCAGCCCCUCCACAUAGUCCUCGAGUCUCUGAAGAGAGAAGGCAAAGAACCUCUGGUGUUGAAAGGUGGACUUAGCAGUUUUAAGCAGAACCAUGAAAACCUCUGUGACAACUCCCUCCAGCUCCAAGAGUGCCGGGAAGUGGGGGGCGGCGCGUCUGUGGCCUCGAGCAUGCUACCUCAGUCCAUCCCCAGCACCCCCGACAUCGAGAAUGCAGAGCUGACGCCCAUCUUGCCCUUCCUGUUCCUCGGCAACGAGCAGGACGCUCAGGACCUGGAUGCGAUGCAGCGGCUGAACAUCGGCUACGUCAUCAACGUCACCACUCACCUGCCGCUCUACCACUACGAGAAAGGCCUGUUCAACUACAAGCGGCUGCCGGCGACCGACAGCAACAAGCAGAACCUGAGGCAGUACUUUGAAGAGGCUUUUGAGUUCAUUGAGGAAGCUCACCAGUGCGGGAAGGGGCUGCUCAUCCACUGCCAGGCUGGGGUGUCCCGCUCUGCCACCAUCGUCAUCGCUUACCUGAUGAAGCACACGCGGAUGACCAUGACUGAUGCUUAUAAAUUUGUCAAAGGCAAACGACCAAUUAUUUCCCCAAACCUUAACUUCAUGGGGCAGUUGCUGGAGUUUGAGGAAGACCUAAACAACGGUGUGACACCACGAAUCCUUACACCAAAGCUGAUGGGUGUGGAGACGGUUGUGUGACAAUAGUCUGGCUGGAAAGGAUGACUGUUCUCCAUUAGGAGAUGAAGAGGAAGGAGGAUGGAUUCUUUCUUUUCUUUUUUUCUUUCUUUUUUUUUUUUUUUAGAUGGGGUAAAGUUUGUGAAUGGAAACAAACUUGUUUAAAACUUUUUAUUUUUAACAAGUGUGAGAAGAAUUUAACUUUUGAUGCCGUUGAGAUUUACUUCCCGCCAACUGACAAAGCAGGGAGGCUAAAGACAUAAUUUUUUUAAAAGUCAACAAUAAAAAUAUAACAAACUUUGUUUCUUCCCCUUUUCCUUUUAAGCUAUUUGUAGAGUUUACGAUUAACUAGUCUGUGCAGGUUCAUAGACCGAAGAUACUACACUUUAAACCAAUUAAAAAGAACCCAAAGUACGUAGAAAAGACAUUGAAUCAUGAAGACCUAGGAUCUGCCUGGGCUGUCCUUAGGAAAACAAAAAACCCAACCAAACCAAGCCCUGCUGUGCUCACUGGUGCAAAGAGAAGAUCAGGGCAGCUUAAGUGGUCUAAGAACCCUUCCCAUUCUUUAAAGAGACAAAGGAUACUGUUGAUUUUGUGUGUUUCGUACUCUGGAUUACUUUUUUCCCCCUCUCUGGGUUUAAGAGAUUUUUUGAAAUAGCAAGGAACUGACCAUUAUACCAUAUGCCUUCACUGGCUUCUUGUGCAAUAAUAUGGUGUUUUGAGUGUGCAAGUGAGUUAGAGCUGGCAGCUGAAUGAUAGACAAAUAGUGCAAAGUUGCCAGCUUGGAGCUAGAAAGGAAUUCAACAAAACCAAUUACUUUCUUUCCCACCUUUUUCCUUUGUGUAACUUUUUUUUUUUGAUUUGAUUCUGGUUACAGUGUCAUAAACCUUGUUACAUAUGUAUAUCAGAAUGUAAAAAAAAAAAAAAGACAAAAAUUUAUUUAAAAAUAUUUUUCUCAAAAAAAACUUGGUGUGUUUCUGUUGAUUGUGUAAAAAUUUAUUUUCAUUAUAUAAAUGAAACUCAUUUGGA